AUGGUCAUGCAAAGACACCACCUCACCUGCGCAGGAAUAGCAUUCGCUCUCUACCUUCAUCACCUCGUCAGCACCAUCGAAGUCCCUCUGGAUUCAAAUAUUCAGAGUGAAUUGCCUCAGCCCCCCACAAUCACCAAGCAGUCCGUGAAGGACUACAUCGUUGACCCAAGGGAUAACAUCUUCAUUGAAUGUGAAGCCAAAGGGAACCCCGUUCCCACUUUUUCCUGGACACGGAACGGGAAGUUCUUCAACGUGGCAAAGGACCCCAAAGUGUCCAUGCGGCGGCGGUCAGGAACGCUGGUCAUCGACUUCCACAGCGGGGGACGGCCAGAGGACUACGAGGGCGAGUACCAGUGCUUUGCCCGGAAUGACUACGGCACUGCUCUCUCCAGCAAAAUCCACCUCCAGGUUUCUAAGUCUCCCCUGUGGCCCAAGGAGAAGGUGGAUGUGAUAGAGGUGGAUGAAGGCGCUCCACUCAGUCUGCAGUGCAACCCGCCGCCUGGCCUGCCUUCUCCUGUCAUCUUCUGGAUGAGCAGCUCCAUGGAGCCCAUCCAUCAGGACAAGCGCGUCUCCCAGGGCCAGAACGGCGACCUGUACUUCUCCAACGUCAUGCUGCAGGAUGCCCAGACCGACUACAGCUGCAAUGCGCGCUUCCACUUCACCCACACCAUUCAGCAGAAAAACCCUUACACCCUCAAGGUGAAAACCAAGAAACCCCAUAACGAAACGUCUUUACGAAAUCACACUGACAUGUACAGUGCCCGAGGGAUUACGGAAACAACCCCCAGCUUCAUGUAUCCCUACGGGACCUCAAGCAGUCAGAUGGUGCUCAGAGGGGUGGACCUCUUGCUGGAGUGCAUUGCUUCAGGAGUACCAGCACCAGACAUCGUAUGGUACAAGAAAGGAGGAGAGCUCCCAGCAGGCAAAACCAAGCUGGAAAACUUUAACAAGGCCCUUCGUAUCUCCAACGUCUCCGAGGAAGACUCCGGGGAGUAUUUCUGCUUGGCAUCGAACAAGAUGGGCAGCAUCCGCCACACGAUCUCGGUGAGAGUGAAGGCUGCUCCAUACUGGUUGGACGAACCCCAAAAUUUCAUUCUGGCCCCUGGCGAGGAUGGCAGGCUGGUGUGUCGAGCCAAUGGGAACCCCAAGCCUGUGAUACAGUGGCUGGGGGAGGGCGGGGCUUUGGUGAACGGCGAGCCUAUAGAAGCUUCUCCCCCCAACCCGAGCCGAGAGGUGGCUGGAGACACCAUCGUAUUUCGAGAUACCCAGAUCGGCAGCAGUGCCGUGUACCAAUGCAACGCGUCCAACGAGCACGGCUACCUUCUCGCCAAUGCCUUUGUCAGCGUCCUGGAUGUGCCGCCACGGAUACUGGCCCCCCGCAAUCAGCUCAUCAAGGUGAUUCAAAACAACAGGACCCGACUCGACUGCCCCUUCUUUGGCUCGCCGAUCCCCACCCUGAGAUGGUUUAAGAACGGCCAGGGGAACACACUGGACGGAGGAAACUACAAGGCACAUGAGAAUGGGAGCUUGGAGAUGAACAUGGCUCGGAAGGAGGACCAGGGCAUCUACACUUGUGUCGCUACCAACAUCCUGGGUAAAGCGGAGGCCCAGGUUCGCCUGGAGGUCAAAGACCCAACCAGGAUCGUGAGAGGACCAGAAGAUCAGGUGGUGAAGAGGGGCUCCAUGCCUCGCCUCCACUGCCGUAUAAAGCACGACCCUACGCUGAAACUCACCGUCACCUGGCUGAAAGAUGAUGCACCCCUGUACAUUGGAAACAGGAUGAAGAAAGAAGAUGAUGGUCUGACAAUAUAUGGCGUGGCUGAAAAGGACCAAGGGGAUUACACCUGCAUAGCUAGCACGGAGCUGGACAAGGACUCAGCUAAAGCGUACCUCACCGUACUAGCCGUCCCUGCUAACCGUUUGAGAGACUUACCGAAAGAACGACCUGACCGGCCCCGUGACUUGGAGCUGACAGACCUGGCCGAGAGGAGCGUGCGGCUGACGUGGAUUCCCGGAGAUGACAAUAACAGCCCCAUCACAGACUACAUUGUCCAGUUUGAGGAGGACCGGUUCCAACCUGGCAUGUGGCAUAACCACUCCAGGUACCCCGGGAGCGUCAACUCGGCCGUCCUGAGCCUCUCUCCUUACGUCAACUACCAGUUUCGGGUGAUUGCGGUGAACGACGUGGGCAGCAGCCUGCCCAGCGUGCCCUCCGAACGAUACCAGACCAACGGGGCACGUCCUGAAAUUAACCCAACAGGAGUUCAAGGUGCAGGGACCCAAAAAAACAACAUGGAGAUAACCUGGACGCCUCUGAAUGCAACUCAAGCUUAUGGGCCCAACCUCAGGUACAUCGUGAGAUGGAGGCGAAGGGACCCCCGAGGGAGCUGGUACAAUGAGACAGUGAAGACACCGAGGCAUGUCGUCUGGAACACGCCCAUCUACGUGCCCUACGAGAUCAAAGUGCAGGCAGAGAACGACUUUGGUAGAGCACCAGAGCCUGACACUGUCAUCGGCUAUUCAGGGGAAGAUUAUCCCAAGGCUGCGCCUACAGAUGUUAGGAUAAGAGUUUUAAACAGCACUGCCAUUGCUCUGACCUGGACCCGAGUGCACCUGGACACCAUCCAGGGACAGCUCAAGGAGUACAGAGCCUAUUUCUGGAGAGACAGUAGUUUGCUGAAGAACCUGUGGGUCUCCAAAAAACGGCAGUAUGUGAGUUUUCCUGGAGACCGAAACCGGGGCAUAGUGUCCCGGCUGUUUCCUUACAGCAACUACAAGCUUGAGAUGGUUGUAACCAACGGGAGAGGAGAUGGGCCACGCAGUGAAGUUAAGGAGUUCCCCACACCAGAAGGAGUGCCCAGCUCCCCCAGGUAUUUAAGAAUCCGACAGCCAAAUCUGGAAAGCAUCAAUCUGGAGUGGGAUCAGCCAGAGCAUCCCAACGGAGUCCUCACAGGAUACAACCUUAGAUAUCAAGCCUUUAACGGAUCCAAAACGGGCCGAACCCUGGUAGAGAACUUCUCUCCCAAUCAGACAAGGUUCACCCUGCAGAGGACAGACCCCAUCUCGCGCUAUCGCUUCUUCCUGCGCGCACGGACCCAGGUGGGAGAAGGAGAAACCAUAGUGGAGGAGUCGCCAGCCUUGCUGAACGAAGCCACGCCAACCCCAGCGUCUACGGAGAUACCACCUCCUGCAACUGAGUUGCCUCCAACUACAAUCGGUCUAACCAGUACUACAACAACCCCAACUACCACCACCACCGACACAACUACCACCACCACCACAGCCGCCACCACUCUACCCGCCACCACCGUCGCAAGCACUACAACAGCUACAGAGAGGGCUCCGGCAGCCACCACAAAGCAGGAGUUGGCAUACACCAAGAAUCACGUGGACAUCGCAACGCAGGGCUGGUUCAUCGGGCUGAUGUGUGCCAUAGCUCUCCUGGUCCUUAUUCUGUUGAUCGUCUGCUUCAUUAAGAGGAGCAGAGGCGGGAAAUAUCCAGUACGAGACAAUAAAGAUGAGCAUCUAAAUCCCGAAGACAAGAACGUAGAAGAUGGGUCGUUUGACUACAGGUCUCUUGAAAGCGACGAAGACAACAAACCCCUGCCAAACAGCCAGACCUCCUUGGACGGCACGAUAAAGCAGCAGGAGAGUGACGAUAGCUUGGUGGACUAUGGAGAGGGGGGCGAAGGGCAGUUUAACGAGGACGGCUCCUUUAUCGGCCAGUACACGGUGAAGAAGGACAAAGAGGAGACCGAAGGCAACGAGAGCUCGGAAGCCACCUCCCCAGUCAAUGCUAUCUACUCGUUGGCAUAGCGCAAUGCACUGAAACCACAAACAGCCUGAGGUGUUUGUAGU